GAAACAGAAUUCCUAAUCAAUUUCUUAGCUUUGAAAGCUUAAUAUUUCCCAUAGCUUUGAAAGCAUUCUCCUUCAUUCCCUUUUACAGUUUUACGUGCCCAAUAAUAAGUACGAGUACAUACACAACCCUUGAAUUUUUAUAAAGUAACCAACUUAUAUAUUUGAUAAUUACAUUAAAAUAAAAUGCCUUCUGACAACGCUGGUGCGGCCGCCACUGCUACCGGAAACGGGCAGACAGUCUGUGUGACGGGUGCUGGUGGGUUCAUCGCCUCAUGGAUCGUUAAGCUCCUCCUUGAGAAAGGCUACACCGUCAAGGGGACCGUCAGAAAUCCAGAUGACCCAAAGAAUGCACAUUUAAGGGAACUGGAAGGAGCAAAGGAGAGGUUGAUAUUGUGUAAAGCAGAUCUUCUUGAUUACGAAGGACUCAAAGCUGCCAUUUCUGGCUGUCAUGGUGUUUUCCACACUGCUUCCCCUGUUACUGAUGACCCUGAACAAAUGGUGGAGCCAGCAGUGAUCGGAACAAAGAAUGUGAUAACAGCAGCAGCAGAUGCAAAGGUGAAGCGCGUUGUGUUCACUUCUUCAAUCGGAGCUGUUUAUAUGGACCCUAAUCGGACCCCCGAUCAAGUGGUUGAUGAGUCUUGUUGGAGUGACCUCGACUUUUGCAAGAACACCAAGAACUGGUAUUGCUACGGGAAGGCAGUGGCGGAGCAGGCGGCAUGGGAGGUGGCGAAGGAGAAAGGAGUAGAGCUGGUGGUGGUGUGCCCGGUGCUGGUAUUGGGGCCACUGUUGCAAUCAAGCGUAAAUGCAAGCAUAAUACACAUACUAAAAUACCUGACAGGGUCAGCCAAGAAGUACGCAAAUUCAGUACAAGCUUAUGUACAUGUAAGGGACGUGGCUUUGGCCCACAUAUUGGUGUAUGAGACUCCUUCUGCCUCUGGAAGGUACCUUUGUGCUGAGAGUGUGCUUCAUCGUGGGGAUGUUUGUCAUAUUUUGGCCAAGUUUUUCCCCGAGUAUCCUGUUCCUACCAAGUGCUCAGAUGAAGUGAACCCAAGAGCAGAACCAUACAAGUUCACUAACCAGAAGCUCAAGGACUUGGGAUUGGAGUUCACCCCUGUAAAGCAAUGCUUAUACGACACCGUUAUGUGCCUCCAAGAAAAGGGUCACCUUCCUCUUCCUGUCCCUCCCCAGCAAGAGGAAUCCAUCCGUAUGAAGUGAAAUGAAAUGAAUAUAUUGUAUGCUUGCCUUCUGAUGAAAAACUUCUUACCAGUAUGUUUUUGUGAAGAAGGGAUUACAUUGUUCAGAUAUUGUACUUAUAAUGGGGCUAUGAAGAUUCCUAUGAACUAGACUAUGCUUGUAUUUUGAAGCAUAUCAAUUUUAACAAAGUACAAAUUCGCUUCCA